CUUCUUCAUUCUCUGCUUUUCAAGUGUCCAACACAGAAAACAAAGAAACAAGAUGAGUCCGUUUGGCUUCUCUCUGCUCUUCCUCUUGUCCCUGACCCUUGUGUCCAUUGCUGCGUCCCAAGAACGAGCCCCCCACGGGCUUGUUAAUGAGAGACCCGUGGCUUUUCCACCAUCAGCAUAUGACUUCUUCCAUCCGAAUGCAAGAAAGCCUGAGGCAGGAGACGAGUGUUCUGCAUCCAAAUGCUCACCGCUUCCAGAAGCGGCUCAAGUGGAAGCCACUCAGAUAUAUGAAAGCAAAGCCUUGGCUUCCCAGAAAGGCAGAAAGCAAAUAGGAGCUGGAGGGAUUGCUGGCAUUGUGUUUGGCGUUGCUUUUGCGGUGCUUCUUGCAAUGGGAGUCUACUACGUGAGGGUCAAACGUCAAGCCAACAUGAGUCGAGCCAAUACUGUCCAACCUCAAGCUUGACGAGCUUUUCUGCAUUAACUUAGAAGUCUCAGCUUAGUAGCAGGGAAUGCGUCCCUGCCUCUCUCUAUCUCACUUUCUUAUCCCUUACUAGUAGUAGUUUGCUCCUCUCUAAUUCCAGUGUGAUGGUUAGCCUGUGUAUCUAUGGUUAUGAUAGUGACUCAUUUGAAUGUCAUUAAGAUAUCACCACUGCUGUAUGUUUCUGAUGCUCACCUGUCGGUAUGAAGAUCAACAACCGAAUUGGGAUCCUUCAGGACAUAAUUGUAACUAUUUUAAGCGUUUCAUAGUCAUACUGGGGAGACAAUAGACGCAGGAGUCGGUUAAAUAA